AUGAAUAACGACAAUACACAACGAAGUUAUGGUUAUGAUACAACACCAGACUCCAAUAUUCAUUAUGUUCCGAGUCAAGCUGGGACAGAUACAUAUAAUCACCAGUCCAAACGAAGAAGAAAAAAUACACUACCGGGUCAAAUAUCUAAUGACUAUCUUUCCACAUUGCGAGGACCGGAUCAGGUUUAUGCCUCAACGCAAAUUCGAGAUGUGCAAACUACUGGUUAUCAACACAACUCGAUAUCAGCGCAUAAUAAUACUUCACAACCAUUGACAUUUGAAGCACCUGUGAAUAAUCAACAGGUAACACUUAAUAAUACACGAACACUAUCUAUCGACUCGAAUCAUAGUAUAUACGGUCAAACUCCGAAACCUUUGCCUAGCUCUAUUAAGAUGAGCUCGGCACCGAAUGUCAAUCCUCAGCGUCAAAUUUCACAAACCAUUAAUGGAAUCAGUGAUAAUCCGAAUUGGUAUUAUUCGGUUCAGAACAAUGUUGGUCACACCAACCCAAUGCUAUCUAACGGUCAAUUUGCGACGCAGGAUCUUAACACGGAUGCUAUGUUUCCUAGACAACAAAUGACAAUGUUGGCUUCAGCACAGGGUCGAGAUGUGCAGCAACGACCUGUUCAUACGAUACAAUCACAGUCUAGUGAUCAUAAUUCUGUGACGCAACAAAACUUGCAAGGGUGUUGGCUAUUGCCACAACCUUCUUUCUAUUUUACUCCACCAAUUGAGUCAUCGAUCAAUAAUACAUUACAAUCAGAACUACCAUCGCCUACUUUUAAUUCAAUCCCCACAGAACCCAGAAUAUCUAUUGGCCAAACGUCACAGUUUGGUCAACAGAGUCUCAUGGAAAUAGCUGAUGGAUUAGAGAAAAAACUAGAUAAAUCAUUAACUUUAUUAGAGUCAAACGAUCAAGCUACUUGGCGUAAAGUGUGUGAAGAUAUCGCAAGUUAUAUAAAAAAUACUAAAAAAUAUAAUCAAGAAAUCUUUCUUUUCCCUGAAAUUCAGAAUAAACUUUAUUUAUGUUUAAAGCUGAUACGGUAUUGUAGAGAUGACUGCAUGAAAUUCGCAAUAGACGUCUUUCAGACAGUUGUAGACAAUCCACAUCUCGUUUCAGGAGUUCAAGUGCAGAUGCAAUUUCAGCAAUGGUUUAAAGAGCUUAAUCAAAAUUACUACGCUUCUCAACGGAGCAUAUCGCGCAAUGAUAAACCGCCAAUAACAGUUUCCGAUAGUAUUUCUUCUGUUAUCGGAAGCCAUGGUGCACCACGAAUUAGUACAUGUCAGAUUCAGCCGACGCGACCUGUGCGUCAGCAACAGCCUUCACUAUCCGUGACCCAUCCAAUACCACAACGACGUUCUACCAGUAGUAAUAUUGAACGGGUGGAUCGUUCAAAAUGGGCGGGUAGAUUAAUUGAUCAUGCCUGGAGUUUCGGAAUUUCUCCACAUGACGUUCAAUCAUUAGUACAGCAGUCAUUAGUACAACAUAAUUCAGCGUUCAUUUCGAUUGCAAAAGAAUCAAUAUAUAUUUCCCAGGAAACAUUCAACCGGAUAUGGAG